AUGGCAUAUCCAACAGCCCCAAACGAUGUAAGAGAAACUUUGACAAAAGAACAGUUCAUGGACGCCCUUAUAAAUUCAGAUAUGAGAAUUCGUGUUAAACAGGCUAGACCAAUUAAUUUAAAUGACGCAGUGCGACACGCCGUUGAGCUUGAAGCUUAUAACAAAGCCGAAAGGAAACAUCUUGAAAGCCAGGGUUUUAUCAGUUCAGCAGAUGACCAAGAUAAAAUGUCUGAAACUUGUUUUGCUGAAGACACUGCUCUUGAUAUAAGGGGGAAAACUAAAGUUUUCAUUGAAAUACAAGGUGUAAAAUGUGUAUGGGAUGUGGCAGUAGCUGACAUAGAUAUAGAUGCUAUAAUUGGUUUAGAUUUUCUCAAAGCUCAAAAAUGUCAGGUUGAUGCUGUAUCAGACACCUUAACAAUACAUGGUCAGACAUGCAAACUAAGGCUGGCUGGUAAAAUUGGUUAUUACAGUGUUUAUAUGUCUGAGAAGGUUAAUAUUCCUCCUUUUCCUGAAGUGAUAGUUAAGGGAAAGGUUUCAGUACCAUCAACAAAACGGGGAAUGAUGGGACUUAUUGAACCAGCCGAAAACUCACUAUACACAGGGAAAACUAUGAUAGCUAAAACUCUAGUAAAACAAAGUGAUACUAUCCCGUUAAGGUUAAUGAACGCCAAGUCAGAAUCCGAGAUAAUAUAUCCCGGAACUUACGUUGCAAACUUAAGUGAAGUAACUAAGGUUAGAACUGAUAAUGCCAAAACCCCAAGGAAUAAAGUAAAUAAUCAUAAACCGGAACACCUUCAGAACUUGUAUCAAAAAACUAUUAUCGGUAUGAGUACUGAUCAGCAAAGACAUGUUUCAAAACUACUUAUCAAAUAUGCAUCUGUAUUUUCUCAGUCCGAUCAUGAUCUUGGUGGAACAAACAUUAUACGACAUAAAAUAUCUACUGGUAAUGCAAAACCUAUAAAACAACAGCCUUUACGUAGGGUACAAGUACAUAUGGAAAAAGAAGUUGAGGAACAGCUUGAUACAUGUUAA